AAUGUGCGAUGGUAUACAAGUGUUGUGUUCCACAAUGUCGUGGAAAUUAUGAAGGUGGCCCGAAAGUUCACGUCUUCAAAUUUCCCGACAGUGAAGAUAUUAAAAAUGCGUGGUUGAACGCAAUUCCUCGGGAACACUUCAUACCCACAAAAUAUUCCAGGGUUUGCGAAGUCCAUUUUAAGAGUGCUGAAGUACUGUGGGAGUCAGUAUACUUUGAUGAGAAAUCUGGGAGAACUCUGACAGCACCUUUGGAAAGACCAAAACUGAAAGAUGGUGCAGUGCCGUCAGUGUUUCCCGGUUGCCCCUCCUACUUAUCAUCGGGCUCGCAGUCAGUUCGUGAUUCGCCAAGGAAGAAGCGACAGCGCAAAGAAGCAGCAGCAGUCGAACGUGCUACUGCUGAAAGUUUACAAACCUAUGCUGAUUAUGAAAGUAAACAUGUGUGUAGUACUUAUGACGAAUUAGUUUUACUAUGUAAAAGUGCUAAGACAUCUGUUUUUUGGGAUCUUAUCAAUCGUCCAGAUAAACUCGCAUAUGUCCACAUCAGCUUUGAAGAUGCUCCAGUUUUGACAUAUACGGUUACUAUCAAAAGUGAUAUGACUUUAACGUGUUAUUAUCAAGGAGUGCAGUUAAAAAAUCUCUCUCAGUUAAAUUUUCCAUUGAUAGUGAACAAUAUAAACCAAAUCACAGACGUCCUAACAACAAUUGAAAAUCUUCACCAUGGUGACUGUAAAGUAAGUGACAAAUACGCAGUGGUGAAAUCAUUACUUGACACUAUGAACAGUGAUGAUGAAGAACACCAGAAUUUUGUUAACUUUUUGUCUACCCAGUUAGAGUUGAUCCAGCAGCCGAAAAAUGGACUGAAGUAUAAUACUGAAUUGUUUGUAUUUGCAUCACUUGUUUCUAUCAUUUCACCUCAUGCAUAUAAGUUUAUUAGAAGUUCAGGCAACAUCAUUCUUCCACAUCCGAAUACAAUACGCAGAUUAUGUUAUUCAUUUAAAUUUGGUCCAGAAACAGAGCAGUUGGAAGAAAAUUUUUUGUUCUAUGUGAAAAAUAAGGUAUCUCAGCUUACACCCCAAGAACGUCAUGUUGUUCUUAUGGUAGAUGAAAUCCAUAUUAAGCAGUUUCUAGAUUACAAGGGUGGAAACAUAGUAGGUUCUAGUUUUAAUUCUGAAAAUGCUGCUUCAAGUGCCCACGUGUUCAUGGUUCAAAGUCUUUUUUCAUCAUAUAAGGAUGUUGUACACAUACUUCCUGUGAACAGUCUUACAGGAGAAAUCCUUCAUAAUGUACUAAGGACGGUGAUCGUAGGUCUUGAAACAGUUGGUUUGAAGGUUGUGUGUGUAAUUACAGACAACAACAGCAUUAACAGGAAAGCAAUGUCAAUGUUUUCAUGCCCGCCAAAACUUAGCAUAGUUUAUCCACACCCCAGUGACCCAACACGACCAUUGUUUUAUAUCAUUGAUCUUGUACACAUCUUUAAGUGUAUAAGGAAUAACUGGCUGAAUCAAAAAAAUAAUGGUUUAUGCAUCACUUUCCCGAGCUUUGAUGAGUCAUCAGAAAUGUUUACAGCUUCUUUUGAAACUCUGAGAGAACUCUACAAAUUGGAAUGUGACAAGUUGUUGAAGUUUGGCUAUGGACUGUCACUCAAGGCCUUGUGGCCUUCAAAUUUGGAGAGACAAAAUGUCAAACCUGUUACACAAGUGUUCAGUGAGUAUGUUAUUGAAGCUCUUGGUGAACUGGGAAACAAACAUAAUCUGCAACACUGUGAAGGUACCGCAAAGUUUAUUGGUAUAAUCCUAACAUGGUGGAAAAUUGUAAAUACUAAAACACCAUUCAAAGGUGUUCGGCUAAAAGACACAAUGCAAGAGCCCCUCCGAAGUGCAUAUGAUGAACGAGCAGCAUACCUGAGAAAAUUUCUAUGUUGGCUUGACAGGUGGGAAGCCAUUUCAUUGAAAUCUGGAACACUGAGUAAAGAAACACAUGCAGCUGUUAAGCAUUCAACAUAUGCUCUUCUGGAGGUAACUGACUACUGCAUUUCUGAUUUAAAUAUGACAUAUGUUCUCACGGGAAAGUUUCAAACUGAUGUUUUAGAAGCUCGGUUUGGCUUAUACAGACAGUUAGCAGGGUGUCAGUAUAAUGUAUCUGUGAGGCAGGUUUUUGAGGUAGAAAAGAAGUUGCGAAUGUCAACUGUUUUGCAACAGAAACUGAAGUGUCUAGUCAAUGUAAGUGAGCCUGUAACAAAUGAUAACUGUUCGGAAAGUGUAGAGAAUGAUGAUGUUAAACCCUUUCUUGGUAUAACCGUGAUCAGUAGUGAUAUUUAUGAAGUCAAUGAAAACUUGCCUGUUAUCACAUAUCUAGCUGGUUAUUGUGCUUAUGUAGUUCUAAAGAAACUGCAAUGUCAGUCAUGUAAAGAAUUUCUUGUAACAGAUAAGUCAAUGGACAGUGAUCUUACAUAUAAGUUGAUACAUAAUCUUGAUAGAGGUGGCCUUCUUUAUCCACAGAAUAUUGUCAUUGAAGCAGUCACAUACACUUACAUUGUUGUUCGCAAAUUGACUAGCACAAAGUACGAAAACCAAUUUCUGAAAACAAAAAAUCAAAGACAUGUAGUUUCGUCACUCUCACAACUGAACCUUAAUGCUAAAGAGUGUUUUGGAUGGGAAGUAUGUGAAAAUGGACAUAAAUCAAACAAAAUUUGGACACUUGUUUUAAGGUCAUCUGCAAAUGCAUUGUUGAACAAUUAUUGCAAAAAUAAAAACAAUGGAAAUAAAACGAAAGGUAAUACAAGGAAACUAGCAAAUCUACAGAAAAAUUAAAAUAAAAAAAGGUUGUAGGUAACACUGACAAACAUUUUAAUGCAUCAUUCAUUGAUAUACUGAAACACUAACAUUUAUUGGUGUUCCAAAGUAAAGUAAAAAAAAAGCUUUACAUUUAUUUGAAAUUGAGUUGUGUAGACGUUAAGUGAGUACGAAACAGCAAAAAGAUAAGCUUUGUGUGAAUGUUGUAAAUAUAUAACAAAAAUGUUACUUGCUAUUGCCACAUUUAUAAACUUUUAAGUGUUAGCUGUGCACAUGUUGCUUUAGCUACAAACUACAUAUACGCUGUUAUUUUGAUUAAUUUAAUAGUGUUCUUUCACACUAUCUACAUCAUGUCAGUUUUCCUUUUUGCAUACAAACUAAAUAGUGACAUGUAAGCUCAGUCAAUGAGGGGUUUUAGACGAAAAUGGUGGGACGGUAAGAAAGUACUUGAGGGCAUCAUUUGGACUAAUUAUGAAGUCAACAUUCUAAACGUUAUGGUAGGUAUAUAGGAUAAUUAGUAAAGGAAAUGAGAGGGGGAGAUGGUCACGUUUACUGCUUUUUCACUUAUAUCUCAUAAUAUGUAUAUUUCAUGUAUUAUAAGCGACAUUGAAAAGCGUUACAUUUUACAAGAUUAUUCCUGUUAUUUGUUAUUAGUUUUUUUAGUAUGUAAAAUAGUUUAAUAAUUAUUCACUUGUCUGUGUUGUUAACUGAAAAAAGUUAUGUAUUUUUAUUUACAUUAUCUUCUAUUUAAUUUGAAAUAAAAAAAAUUAACUGUAUUGCAUAAGAAGUUGCUGAUAAUUAAAUUUCCUUUACAUUGAGUGAAUUCAGAAGUUAGAAUAAUUUCAUACAAUGUUGUUAAAAUUCCCACGCAUAUAAAACAAAACAGAGCAUUUCAAUUUCCCAUUACAUUAUGUUGCAAACACCUCAAUACCUGCGGGAAAAGGUUUAGAAGGUAUAAACGAAAACCGAAAAAAAAAACACCAUAUUUUUCUUUUCCCUUAACAAUGAUCGCAGAUCCCAAAACAUUCAGUAUUUAUCUUUAAACUAGUCCAAACAAAGCUUUAAAGUCCAUUAUUACCAUCUCAACUUUUUCGUCUACAAUACUUUUCAGCGCAUAUUGACUGGCAAAUGUACAUAAUUGUAUAAAUAGUACAUUUAUAUAGAUAAUAUAAUAUAAUGUAAACUGUCUCUUUGAAGCAGAAUUAGACUUGCUGUAAGUUGUAACGUUGUAUUUGUUUGUUCUCUGGUAAAGUGUUAGUGUACUAAGUGUCUUACGGUUUCUAUAUCCGGAAUUACAUUGCAGUUUACCUUGUCUUCUGCUCCUGUGCACAUUGUAUAUCAUGCAUGGUUUUGUUAACAAGUUCAUUGUGUCAAUCGAACAAAGUAUUUGUGUAUUACUUACUUGUAUAAAAAUAUGUUUAAAUUAAAUUGGUUUCGUGCAAAUGAAACGGGACACCAGAAAAGAAACUGUACCAGCCUGACGUUUAUAAC